UAAAAAGUGAGGUUAGGGUGGAAGGAUACAACUUGUUAAGAGAACAUUACUUUACGCGCAAGUAAAUGAACGAUGGGGGAACAACACCUGGUGUCUGGUCCCGAACGACAGAAGGCGUUGGAAGCCUGGCUGCAGACGACCAACACCGUACUGACUCAAGUGAACGGGCAGCGCAGAUAUGGCGGGCCUCCUCCAGGCUGGUCUGGCCCCACCCCUGGCGCGGGCUGCGAGGUCUUCCUGUGCCAGCUGCCGCGGGAGGUCUACGAGGACACGUUGAUCCCGCUGUGCCAGACGGCCGGCCCGCUCUAUGAGUUCCGCCUCAUGAUGAACUUCAGCGGGCAGAACCGCGGCUUCGCCUACGCCAAGUAUGCCACGGCGGGCGCGGCGCGCGAGGCCAUCCGCACCCUGCACCGCUGCACGCUGCCCUGCGGCACUUCGCUGGUGGUGCGCCUCAGCACCGAGAAGCACCAGCUGGUUCUGGAGGGCCUCCCCGACGACCUGGACCGGCCCCAACUCAUGAAGGUCCUGGAGGAGCUGGGCCAGGGUAUGUCUGGGCUGACCCUGAAGACGGCCCUAGUGGGACCCCAGAAACAGAAGCAUACCACGGCGUUGGUCACCUACGCCAGCCACCACGCGGCGUCCAUGGUCAAGAAGGUGGUGGUGCAAGCCUUCAAGAAGCAGUUUGGCGUGAGCCUGGCGGUGAGCUGGACCUCCUCAACCGCUCUGCCCGGCAGCCCCGACCGCUAUGACAAGCCUCGCGGUAGCGGCGGCGCCCCCCACUUCCCUCGUCGCAGCAGCAAGCUGGCCAACCGGCCCCCGCGCCUGUCCCCCCCCAGCCUCCCUCGACCACCGCCUGCUCUUCCUCAGACCCCCAGCCCCUUGCCCCCGGUGUCCCUGCCCCGUCGCGCCCCCCCUGGUCUCUCACCGAAUCCAACCCUGCCCCCCAUGUCACCAUCCACCUUCCUCUCCCCAUCACCACCACCACCACAGCGUCGCUUCAGCCCAGCAGUGGGGAGUGUCGUGGGGGGUCGGCGGCCCACUUACAACGGGGGUUCCCCCAUGGAGAGCGUGUUGCAGGGUGGCGUCGGUGGUGAGGGUGGCCCCACCCCCACCCCUACCCUGGAGGCCCUGUUGGGGGGCAACAACCCUGUCUUCUUCCUGCACUGGCUGUGCGAAAGCAAAGGCCUCGGGGCGCCCACCUAUGAGCUGAUGCAGCAGUGCACCUGCGCCGACGGCUCCCAGCUCUUCCUGUGGAAGAUCAGCAUCCCAGGCCUGCCCGGCAGCCCGUCCCUGCCCGUGGUGGCGCAUGUGGCGUCCAACCCCGAGCUGGGCAUGAGCGGCCUGAUGAGCCAGGCGCAGAGUGCCGCCGCCAUGGAGGUGUUGCCCUUCCUGCUGAACGCGCCCCAGGUGUGAAAAUGCACAUGAGGUAUCAGUUUAUGUACACCACCUGAAUUUAGAAGCUACAAUCCAGUGCCACAUCUUUCAAAUGAUCUGGUUCUACCUGUCCAAAUAGGGCCCAAUUUGGAGAGGUAAAACCAGGUCUGUUGGAAUAUGUGGCACUAGGUUGUAGCUUUUGAAUUCAAGGUGCCCAUCACCGGUUCUGUGGCUUAUGAAAAACACAGCACAGACACACACACACUCUCUCAUUCACUUAUUUCUCUAUGUACAGUCAGGAUUCUUAUCUGUGAGUUUGUAUGCACACACUCGCAGUCUACCUCAAACAUACAAAUGCACAAUAUCUCUCUGGUCACUUCAAGUUGAAGUCCAAAUGCAUUUGUUCUAAACGAAAGAGAGUUUGUUUAUACAUCCAUACAAAACCACUUGCUGCUACCACUUCUUCAUAAGCUACAACCUCCCUUUGCACAGCUUACACCUCUGGAUUCACACACACAACAGCCAGAAUUGUUUAAAAAAGAUAAGGUUGUUUAAAAGAAAAAUAAUUAUAUGAAAAGAUACAAUGUAAUAUUUUAUUCUUUUAUGAAUGGUUUUAGUAUAUUUUAGUUCUUCUAAUUAUUUUAAUUUUGCACUUUUUUGUGUGUCUUUCCGCCUUAUUUGCAUGUUUUAACUAUUUGCAUGAUUUCAGUUUGAAUGUUUUGUCAACACCUUAUCUGCAUGUUUUUCCUUUUGAACUUUUUGGUGUGUUUUGUGUAAAUAGUUUGCUGUGUUUUUGAGUUUGAAGUGUUUGAGUUUUGUCUUGCGUUACAUUUUGAUUAUUAAAACAAGAAAGACCCGA